UUCUCAUCACCUGCACACUUCCUCUCGUUUGGCUCACUGCCAGCCGAUCAGCUCAGCGCUUCAUGGGAACAGUGGCUGUGCUACCUGGCUUCGUCUCUCACACCUCAACAAUGGCAGGGCUACUGGGCAGCACACGUGGCCAUGUUCGGACUCAGAGCUCUUCCUGUCCACUUAUGCUCAGCAAAAAUUCCUUCAGGCCCAGAAAGCUCUCAAAUUCACUCCAAUUAUUAUUUUCUCGGUAUCACACCUUCGUUUCACAAUUGCAUCUAAGCAAAAGCCGCUGGUCACAUGCCGCUUUAAUCUGGUUGCCUAAAAUUACGAAGUACGAGGAUAUUCAAAGCAGAACACACUGA